UUUUAUCAGCAGCUGCAGUUUCAGUUGAAACAUUUCAGGUGGAGCAGAGAGACAGACAGAUAGACAGACAGAUUCUUCCGAGCAGCACCCAGUGGAUCCAGCAGUCAUGUCCUCGAGGCCCAAUGGGAGUCCACCUCCCUACGAGUCAGAUACUGGAUAUAACGUCCCUCCCCAGCCAGCCUAUUCCUACUACCCAGAUGACGAGUUCCAGCAUUUCUACCGCUGGACGUCUCCACCAGGCAUCCUCAAAAUCAUGUCCAUCAUCGCCAUCGUGAUGUGUGUGGCCAUAUUUGCUUGUGUUGCCUCCACGCUCGCUUGGGACAGUCAAGGAGCUAUGGGUGGCUUCGGCGGAGGCUACGGAGGCGGAGGUUACGGAGGCGGAGGUUACGGAGGCGGAGGUUACGGAGCCGGAGGCUACGGAGCCGGAGGCGGUGGCGGGUACGGCAGCUUUGGUGGUGGUGGAUAUGGAGCUGGAAACAGCUAUGGCUAUGGUGGGCUCGGAGGAAACUACAAUGACCCCCGGAAGGGCAAAGGGUUUAUCAUCGCCAUGGCAGCCAUCACCUUCAUCGCCUGCCUGGCCAUCUUCAUCAUUGUCGUGUCUCACCAGAGCCUAUCGGAGAGCAGGAAGUUCUACCUAGCUGUCGUGAUCAUCAGUGCCAUCUUAGCGCUGCUAAUGCUAAUAGCUGCUAUAGUCUACUUGGUAGCGGUGAACCCCACGGCUCAGUCCUCCGGAUCAGCCUACGGCAGCCAGAUUGCUGGUCUAUGUGCUCAGUACCAACAACCACAGACUUCAGGAGUGUUUGUCAAUCAGUACCUGUACCACUACUGUGUCGUGGAGCCACAAGAGGCCAUCGCGGUGGUGUUCGGCUUCCUGGUCGCCAUCGCUCUCAUCAUCAUGCUCGUCUUCGCUCUGAAGACUCGCCAGAAAAUCCAACACUACGGCAAGAGCAACAUUUUGUGGAAGAAGGUGAAGGUUUUCGAAGAUCAGCCGCCUCAAGAUGUAGAGGCAUGGGUGAACAAUGUGUCCGCUAACCCAGAAGCUCUCCCGUUGUCGGACUACCCUGAGAAGCUGAGAGGCUCCAGGAGUUACCUAGAUGACGAAAGCACCAACUAUGACAAACCCCCGCACAGCUACACCCCACAGCCUGCAGAAGAGAGCCUGCCUUUGCAUAAUGGCGUUCCCUACAGCAGUAACUCAGAGGUGGCCAGCUCCCAGGGAAAACGCAAAAAGAGACGUGCAGGCCGGCCGCGUCGGGCCGAUGGACAGGAAUAUGAAACCGACUACAACUCCUCCGGAGACGAGCUGGACGACAAUGACUUUGACGUUGAGUACCCGACCAUAAGAAGUGAGCCGGAGCGCAACGACUACAAGCGUGAGUUUGAUCGCGACCACCAGGAGUACAAAGACCUGCAGGCGGAGCUCGACGCCCUCAAUAAGAAUCUGUCAGAUGUCGACAGAGAGCUGGAUGAUCUGCAGGAGGGCAGCCCACAGUACCUGGAUGCUUUGGAUGAGUACAACAGGAUAAAGAACAUUAAAAAGUCUCCAGACUAUAUGGUGAAGAAGCGCAGGUGUAAAUAUCUGAAGUCCAAACUGAACCACAUCAAGAAGAUGGUCAGCGAUUACGACCGCAAGGCCUGAACAACUCCUGAACAACUCCUGUCUCCGAGACGGGACAGAAGAGACUAAAUCUGGUUUGGGGGUAAUGUUGGAGGCUUUUCUGACCGCAGCAGAGGGCGGAGCUUCACUGAUGUCCAUCGAACACCCAGGUUUCCACAGUCUGGUAGCUGGUGCAACAUUGCAAUGUUUUUUUUUUUUUUAUAGUGUUGAUGCAAAGUAAACAAAGAUUCUUUCUUGUAUUAAGCCACUGUUUGUAUUAUCAGUAUCACAUGCCAUAGAUACUGUUAGCUGUAUUUAUUUUGCCUCAUGUUAUCGUAAAUCAUCUAUUCGGAGGGGACACAAACUGAUACCCCGACCGUUCGUUUUUAAAAGCUGUUUUUAUAUUGACUCAUCGUGAGAUUCUUAAAUUGUAAGCUCUUUUUUUCUCAUUUUAAGCGACAUAAAUGUGUAAAUAUGUGGGAAACACUGCAGUUGUUUAUGUUUUUAGCAGUAAGUUCACGUGUGUGUGUGUGUUACGGUGUGUUACUUUAUGGAUGGUAGAACAGACGGACACUUUUAAAUGUAUGCUUAAUGAAUAGUAAUGAUUUGUGAUACAUUUUUAUUACAAUAAAUUCAUUUAUUGACA